AUGGCCUAUGGACGAAGCCCAACCAGCUCUUUCAUAGAAGGGUUCUCUCUAAGUCCUCUGCCAUAUCCAGUUCUGCUAAUUCUUGCAGUAAUCUCAAUCUUUUUUGGCAUAUCCUGGUACUCAUCCCAUGACUCAGUUGUGGAAGAAGCUGAAACGCAAUUCAGUUGGCUGCUUUUGUUUACAGCAAUAGCACUUCUGCUUCUUGUUAAGUUGCUGUCUUUUCUGGAUCCUGAUUGGUUCUUCUCCUUGUUUCCGUGGGGAAGCCGCAGGAUAACCUACCAUGAACCUUCAGAGGGAAGCUCACCAUGGCGUGUUGCUGCUUUCAUUGUGCUCCUGCUAGUUUUGCUGCAAUACCAGUCUAUUUUCCGGGACAGCUGGCUCAUUAAAAAAUAA